AUGGCGCGCUGCUUGACUUGAUCUCAUGAACUUUUUUCUUGUGUUUGUUUGAUAUUUUGGGUUUAAAAUGAUUUCCAAGGCAGCAAUGAUAGCUUAUACGAUGGUAAACCAUCAUAUGCUUGGACAAGUACAAAUACUUGGGAGUUUGAGUAUCAAGAGACUGAUAUCUGGAGCRAGAACACUAAACAAUGAUGCUUUGCACGAGAUUCGCACAAGAUGGAUGGACAAACUUGAAAAAGCUGGUGUACCUGAGGCAGAUCUGUCGGUGAAGUAUAUUAUAGAAAAAGUGUUGGGCCAAGAUAGUGAACUGACAUUAGAGAAACAAGUAGAAAUAAAUGAAAUGUGUACACGAAGGCUUAAAAGGAAACCAGUUCAAUACAUCAUUGGGGACUGGGAUUUUCGUGACCUGAYGUUAUUGAUGAAACCACCUGUUUUUAUUCCAAGACCUGAAACUGAGGAUUUAGUGGAUUUAGUGGGGUCUUAUCAUCAGCUUUCUACCAUCAAUCAUCCUGGUUCAUUCAGAUUUCUGGAGGUUGGCUGUGGUAGUGGUGCAAUCUGUCUUUCUCUUCUCUCAGAGAAUCAAGAGACAUCCUGUGUGGCUAUUGAUGUCAAUCCAGAAGCAGUCAAGUUGACAAAACUUAAUGGGAAAAGGAAUAAUUUACUGGAUCGGAUUACCGUAACUAAAGCAGACAUUGGGAAUUUUACCUGUAAUGAACAGUUUGAUGCCAUCAUUUCCAAUCCUCCAUAUAUACCAACUCAAGACAUGAAUCAUCUAGAGCCAGAAGUUAAAAGCUAUGAGGAUAGGAAAGCAUUGUGUGGAGGAGAGGAUGGGAUGGAUGUUAUAAAGGAUAUUUUUCAAGCUGCACCUCAACUACUGAAGCCAAAUGGAUCGAUAUGGCUUGAGAUAGACCUCUCCCACCCUACCAAAAUAAGACAGUGGAUACAUGAAAACCCGUCGUCUGCUCUAAAAGUGAACAAUUUUUAUGAUGAUUUUACACAAAGGCCGCGAUUCUGUCACGUGAUAAUGCCUGACCAGUGAAGUGAGGGCGUGAUAGUCAGACUACAAAUAUGAUAAAUAGGGUGGAAAUCGAAAGUCUAUUUCUUCAGUCGUCAUUGAGUCUUUUAGCAAAAGCUCAGCACAUCAGUCUUCGCCAAGAUAAUAAGAGUGAAACUCGAGCUGUUAACAGCAGGCGGUGCGUUCACAGAGGGUACGAAGAAUCAUAAAAGGAAUCUAAACACCCACGCUAAGGCCCUCAGUAAGAACUCAAGAAUUCCUAAACUAUUACUCAUCCUGGAGGUGUACUGUUAAAAGACUGGCUAAAUCACCGGGAAGUUGGAUUUGUCAGGAUUUGAGAAAGUUGGCCCACUGAGCUGGCUAACUAAAUAACUGGAUUGGGAUCAAAGCCCAGAGAGUGCGUCCUAUCUAAAACUACGAAUGGUAAUCAGCGGGGAGGUGGGGAAGAUGAGCGAUGCGGACGAUAUGAAAUCCCCCAACAACGUGAUGGAGAGGAACCAGUGUGAAGACACGGAAACUCCUGUUAAACGUAAACGAGGAAGACCAAAGAAAGUGGUAGUCGAGAAGCCAACAGAAGAGAACACCGACGGCCCUGUGGUGAAAAGAAAACGAGGUCGACCUAAAGGA